CAGUUAGCAAAUAUUUCAGACGCGCGCGUUUGUGUUCUCAGUGUGUGAGUGACAAAUAACUGUAAAAGGAAAAAAUGGCUGCUGAUGUGGAGUCCAGCGACUUGUCAACCAUUUGCCAGGCGCCCAAGCGCAGCAAUAUGAACAACAAUAAUAGUGCGCGUUCCAGUCGCGUUGGCAGCGCCACCAGCACAGGAACUACCACGGAUCUGGAUCUGGAGACCGUGCCGGCAGAGCAGCGCUUUGGCUGGCGUCGCUGCCAGCCGCAGUGGCUGCAACGUUUCUGCACUGCGAAGUGGGCGCUCUUCUGGCUCUGCUGGGGCGGUGCAUUGCAAGGUCUGAUUGUGAAUGGUUUUGUGAAUGUGAACAUCUCGACAAUCGAGCGUCGCUUUGGACUCCGCUCUCGUCAGACGGGACUCGUGGCCAGUGGCUACGAUUUGGCCUCCUUUGUGUGUCUCGUUCCCGUGACUUACUACGGCGGAAGGAAAGGAGCCUCGAAGCCGUGCUUCAUUGCGAUUGGGCUGCUGUUGAUGGGACUCGGCUCGCUGAUCUUUGCCUUGCCGCAUUUUCUGGUCGGCAGCUAUCGGGCGACGAUUGCCGAGGCGAACAACUGCGAUGUGGACGCGGGACAAUUGACAAAUCAAACGAUGGCGAGUUGCCAUGACGAGUUGGAGUUGGAACUAGAUGGAGAUGCGGAUGUGGGCGAGAGUCUAACUUGGACCGUUUGGCUGUUCUUUGCGGCUCAACUUUUGCAUGGAGCGGGCGCAUCGCCGCUGUUUACGCUGGGCGUGACCUAUCUGGAUGAGAAUGUAUCCACAAAGAUGUCAUCUGUUUACUUGGGUAUUUACUACACGAUGGCCAUAAUUGGACCAGCUGUUGGCUAUGUGCUCGGCGGUCAAUUGCUGCUCAUUUACACGGACUUUGUAACCGUGGAUGCCGCUGACUUAAGCUUGACAAGCGACAGCAAAGUGUGGAUCGGCGCCUGGUGGAUUGGCUUUGUGUUUGCUGCUUUGGUCUGUGUGUUGAUUGCCAUUCCUAUCUUUGGAUAUCCCAAGUCUCUGCCCGGUGCCGAGAAGUUGCAGCUGGCCAAAGUAUCCGAGGCUCAUGGUACCAGCACUGCGAAGGCAACAGAAGACAUUCAAACGAAGUCGCAGCCACGUCGCCGCCUUGGAGAGCUUCCUCAUGCUGUGCUGACGCUCUUCAAGAAUCCCACAUUCUUCUUCCUUAACUUGGCUGGCGCCACAGAGGGAUUGGUCAUCGCCGGAUUCGCUGCCUUUCUGCCCAAACAGAUCGAGAAUCAAUUUAGCAUUUCGCCUGUGAUUUCAGCGCUGCUCAUGGGAUUGAUUACAGUGCCAGCGGGCGGAGGAGGAACCUUCCUCGGUGGCUAUUUGGUUAAGAAGCUGAAUCUCGCCUGUGGCGGCAUCAUCAAGAUGUGUUUGUUGGCCACCGUGGUGGCCACGUUCUUCACCAGCUGCUUCUUGGUUUCCUGCCCCAAUGCAGCGUUUGCUGGGGUUACCACAUCGUAUGUGCCCACGCUCCAAGCCAAUCCGUUGCCAAUUUCGUUGGAGGCUCCUUGCAAUGCCAACUGUGGCUGCAGUCGAAGCAACUAUGAUCCCAUUUGUGGUGCCGAUGGCGUCAUGUACUACAGUCCCUGCUUUGCAGGCUGCAGCGAGGAGCAGCAACUGGACACCCAGAAGAUCUAUCGCAACUGCAGCUGCAUUGAGAAUCGUUUCGAGCAGCUGCCUGAAGCAACGAAUGUCAUGUGCGAAUCCAAGUGCCAAAAUCUUUCCUAUUUCGUGGGUCUCUGCUUUGUGUUGAUGCUCUUCACUUUUCUGGCCACAAUGCCUGCGCUGUCUGCUACUCUAAGAUGUGUGCAGGAUGAGCAGCGUUCGUUUGCCUUGGGUCUGCAAUGGAUCAAGGUGCGUCUGAUGGGCACAAUUCCAGCUCCUUUGAUCUUUGGCGCACUAAUCGACGAAUCUUGCAUGUUGUGGCACGAGUCCUGCGAUGAGCAGGCAGGCGGCGCUUGUCUAGUCUAUGAUAAUUACUAUAUUAGCCGCUACAUGUGGCUGUUGGCUUUAAUUGGCAAACUCUGCUCUGUGGUGUUCUUCUUGGGCGCCUGGUGGUUCUACAAGCCGCCCAGUGAACCAUCGAAUGCCAAAAAGGAUGUGGAGACUUGAAGCUAAACAAUCUUAAACGAUGAAGCGACUGAACAUAAACUAAGAAGUGACACUGCCGAAGAGAAAAGGCCAAAACAAGCAAUUAAGGCUUCAUUCAUUAAGGCUUCGUAUUAGAAAUGGUCUCAUUAAUAUUUGUCUAUUGUAUUUUUA